AUGUUCCUGUCUGGAGAGGCCGCUCUGAGAUGUGGUCUGGGAGAGAAAGAAGACAAACUUUGCAGCUUCACUAAGAAGGCUCUGCACAUCCAGCUGGACAGUCUCCCGGAGGUCCCUGCUCUGGUGGACGUCCCGUGUGUCUCUGCCCAGUUCGAUGACUCUCUGCUGGGGGCGCUGAAGGAGAAGGUGUCCCGCCACGGCUCGGUCUCCUCGUAUCCUCCGGUCCAGAUCGAGGAGCUGCAGGAGCGGCCCGGCGGCGUCCUGGUGCGAUGGUGCAAGGUGGACGAGGACUUUGCGGCUGCAGAUUUCCGGCUGCAGUGGCGGCGGUCGGGCAGCGGGGGGCGCCAGUACGAGGACGCGUACAUCGGCAGAGAGCUGGAGUUCCUGGUGCUGCAGCUGGACGCUCACACGGACUAUCAGUUCAGAGUCAGCGCCCGAGGAGAGGGCCGCACCGAGUGGAGUCCCUGGAGCGUCCCCCAGAGCGGCAGCACCACGCUGGCUGCACACGAGUGGAGACCUGGGACCGAGGGCUUCGUGCUGAGCUCCAGGAGAAACAUCGCGCUCAGGAACGACUCUGUGUCUCGCUGCUGCGUCCUGUACUCCAGGGCUCCUACUUACUACUGCGGACAGACACUCACGUUCAAGAUCAGUGCAGUGGGGGCCCUGGACCCCCGGGACAGUCUGGGGGUCUGUGUGGACGACAGCAGAGGACACGAGUCUCUGCAGAGGGACCAGGCCGUCUGCAUCUCCACCAACGGCGCUGUGUUUGUGAAUGGGAAGGAGAUGACCAAUCAGCUGCCUCCUCUGAUCCUGGGUGCGGCCGUGACCUUUGACAUGGAGGUGGUGAGCGUGCAACCCGGUCUCCACGGCGACGGGGCGAGCGUUGCUAAGCUGCGGGUGGCCAUCGGCUCCGGCUCCAGGGAGGUGGUGUUCGACUGGCAGGUGGAGAGCUCCCUGGACGCUCUGUUCUUCGGCUGCUCCUUCAACCACUCAGGCUGGAAGGUCCUGGUGUUUUAG